GAGCAUGGUGGAGAGAUACAUGCAACGAACAUGGUGAAGAGAUGUAUGUAGAGAGGGAGAGAGGGAGAAUGGAGCCGGCGGAAUCACGAAGAGGAAGAGGAAUGGUGGGGCCGGAGCGGCCGUUGUUCGUUCUGUUCGGUUCCUCCAUCGUCCAGUUCAGCUUCAGCAACGAGGGAUGGGGGGCCACCCUCGCCGACAUCUACGCACGCAAGGCUGAUAUUUUGCUGCGAGGAUAUGCUGGUUGGAACUCAAGACUUGCUCUCCAAGUGAUUGACAAAAUCUUCCCCAAGGAUGCAGCUGUGCAACCUUCUUUGGUGAUAGUCUACUUUGGUGGCAAUGACUCAAUGGGACCUCAUCCAUCUGGCUUAGGUCCUCAUGUGCCACUUCCAGAAUACAUUGAAAACAUGACUAGGAUUGCAGAACAUCUUAAGAGUCUAUCUGAAAAGACACGCAUUAUUUUCCUCAGUUGCCCUCCUAUCAAUGAGGAAAUGCUUCGCCAGUUAAGAAGUCCUGUUCUAGGGGAGAUAGUGCGGUCAAAUGAGUUGUGCCGAAAAUAUUCUGAAGCUUGUAUACAACUGUGUAAUGAUAUGGACCUGAAGGUUGUUGAUCUUUGGACUGCUAUACAAAAGCGCGAUGACUGGGCUACUGUCUGCUUCACGGAUGGCAUUCACUUUUCCUCUGAAGGAAGCAAGAUAGUAGUGGCAGAGAUAUUGAAGGUCCUUAAAGAAGCUGAGUGGGAGCCUUCACUACACUGGAAGUCCUUGCCCACCGAGUUUGGGGAGGAUUCACGUUAUUAUCUCGUAGCUUCUGAUGGAGCAUCUACCUUCAACCCUUCUGAGUGGACUUUUCACCGAGAAAUACAAUGGGACUAAAUUAUUGUGUCGGCGCUCAACCAAUUUGGCGCUAAUAAGGUUUGGUUAUUAUUGGAGUGGUAGAGAGGACUCUAGGCAACCAUUAUUUCCUUGGAGCUGCACUAAUCUAGUAUGGUUUUUAUUGUACUGCUUGAAUUAGAGAUAUUUUUGAUGGAUAUGAAUAAUAAUUCUCUUGGCUGAACUUAGCAUUCAUGCAAUAUAACUAAUUGCUAUCUGUUUCUUCUUGCA